AUGCCCAAGCGCAAGCUUUCCGAUCUCAACGGCUCCGAGCCAUCGGGCGGCGCUAAGACUCGCAAACUCUCGAUGAAAGCAGUCCGACUCACAAACAAGUUCGAUCUAAGCGUACAGAUCCUCAUCAAAGGACUUAAAACCGCUCGAGGAUUCGAAAGACAGAAGCUCAGUCGGCGAGAGAAAGCCGCGCGGACACCCUAUGAUUCUACGGUAUUAGCACGACUGGGUGAAGAAGUGGAUGCGCUAAAGAAACUGGAUUACCAAGCCACCGCAGAGCGAUACCUGUUUAAGCAACUUUCCAAGACGAAGCGGAUUGCGGAGUCUCCGAUUUUCCAAGAAUUCCUACAGGAGAAGAAUGUAUCCACUGAGGGUCCGAAGAGUACCGCGGAGGCCAACAUCCUGGCUCGAUUAUUCAAAUCCACGCCCGUGAAGAAUGUGUUACCGACUAUGUUGGCCGAGAUUCGGAAAUUAUUGGGAAUAGAGGACAUACCAGCUGGAAAGCAGGACAAGACAUCAGCUAAGAAAGAUGUGCCGAAAAAGGAGAAGACUGAGAAACCCGUGCGCCAGAAGAAAGAAGUUUCUGUAUCUGGAUCGGAGUCUGAGGGCGAGGAAGUACAGAGAGGAGAAUUGGAUGUUUCGGGAGAUGAGUCUGGUGUUGAGGAUUUCGCGGAGUUUGAUUCACGGUUAGCGCCAGACUCUGACGCAGAGGAAUCUGAUGGUGAGGAUGACGAGGAGAACGAUGGGCGCGCCCUCGAUGAUAUCUCUGAUUCUGUUUCUCGUUCGCCAUCUCCCGACUUCUCAGGAGAAGAAUCGGAAACCUCUCCACCUCCUAAAAAGACCAAGGCUAGCAAAACCUCUUCUGCCCCAGCACAAAGCACGACAUUCCUUCCGUCCCUCAUGAUGGGCGGUUACUGGUCUGGAUCCGAAUCAGAAGCGACGGACGUUGAAGAAACUGUUGCUCCGCCUAAGCGUAAAAACCGCAUGGGUCAACAGGCUCGUCGUGCUCUCUGGGAGAAGAAAUACGGUGAAAAAGCGAACCACGUGCAGGCGGAGCAGAUUAGCCAGAAAUACAACAGAGAUAACGGCUGGGACUCAAAGAGAGGAGCGACUGGUGGUUCUGGGAGAGAAAAUCGUGGCGCACGUGGUGGUGAUUCAGGACGGCCGCUCAAUCGUUCAGAGCGUCGUCGCGCUGGUAUCCCGUCAACAGGACAGCAUAAACAGCCUACAAAGGAUGAUUCAGGACCUCUUCACCCUUCAUGGGAGGCAAAGAAGAAACUCAAGGAGCAGACUACUGCAACCUUCUCAGGAACGAAGGUUACGUUCGAUUAG